CUAAUAAAUUCCGGUAGUAGACUGACCGUGUGUUUCUAAGAUGGCGGCGGCGUUCCAUCCCAGAGUUGGUGCUCUGGUGUCUGUCGGCAACAACGGGCGGAGAGCGGAGCGGCAGCAGCCCACACAGGAGUUCAACAACGGGCUGGUGUUCGGCAGACAGCCCCUGCGUGAUGGGGAGAUUUUUGAAGUUCGGCUGGAUCGGAAGGUGAACUCGUGGAGUGGGUCUAUCGAGGUUGGUGUUACAACCAUUGAUCCAGACAUGUUAGAUUUUCCCACCAGUGCUACAGGACUGAGGGAGGGUUCCUGGAUUGUCUCAGGGUGUUCUAUCCUGAAAGAUGGGCGCUCUAUCCGUGAUAACUACGGAGCAGACCUGGACACCCUGGCUGAGGGCGACUGUGUGGGGGUACAGAGGAUGGCCUCGGGAGAUCUCCACAUUUUUGUAAACGGGGAAGACUCAGGCGUGGCAGCUACUGGGCUGCCCCAGCGAGUCUGGCCUGUGAUUGACAUGUACGGGAAAUGUUGUCAGAUAACACUUAUGGAGACACCACAAGCUAACAACAACGACACAGCUAACAACGCAGUACAAGCAGAAUCCACGCCAGCGUCCAACGACAGUCUGCGCUUCCACGAGCGAUGUGGGGCGUUAGUGAAGCUGACCAAUCAGGGAAGGUCUGCGGAAAGACGACGGCCACUAGACGAGUUUAACAACGGUGUGGUGAUCACAACCAGAGCUAUCAGAGACAAUGAAAUGUUUGAGGUGAGGAUUGACAGACUUGUAGACAAGUGGUCAGGUUCUAUAGAGAUGGGCAUCACCACACACAACCCUGCCACACUGGAGUUCCCUGCCACCAUGACUAACAUGAGAUCUGGAACCAUUAUGAUGAGUGGAGGAGGGGUUCUUACCAAUGGAAGAUCCACACUUAGGGAAUAUGGAGAGUUCAACUUGGAUGAGCUCACGGAAGGAGAUGUGGUUGGUUUGAUGAGGAAGUCCAAUGGUGAUCUUCACUUCUAUGUGAAUGGACUUGACCAAGGCCUGGCUGCCCAGCGCACCCCCGGGUCAGUGUACGGUGUGGUGGACUUGUACGGCAUGACGGUCAAGGUCACUCUGGUGGAUCCCGAGUCUCCUCGCCAUAUGCCUCAGUCCGAGAGGAUCGACAGAAGAGCCAAUCGCAUAUUGCGUACCAUCACUGUUGGGUUUGACAACGAAUCAGUACCCUGUAGCAGUCUGGAGGAGUCAGAAAAGAUUCUGUUUCAUCCCAAAUGUGGUUCCCACGCUGCUGUCAUUAAUGGAGGCAGGACGGCCUUGAGACCCAAUGCACUAGAAGACUUCAACAACGGCGUGAUCCUCACAACCCGCCCGCUACGUACCCUGGAGAUGUUCACAGUUAGGAUAGACAAGAUGGUGGACAAGUGGGCGGGGUCGAUAGAGAUCGGCCUGACGUCCCACACCCCCCCUGAGCUGGAGUUCCCCUCCACCAUGACCAAUGUCCGGUCUGGAACAUGGAUGAUGACAGGAAACGGCAUCAUGCACAACGGAACUACUGUGUUAGAUGAAUACGGACAUAACUUAGACAGACUAAAGGUGAAUGAUAGAGUAGGCGUGAUGAGGAAACAGGAUGGAACGCUCCAUUUCUAUGUGAACGGGGUGGACCAGGGAGUAGCAGCUCAAAAUGUUCCUGAUGGACUGUUUGCUGUAGUGGAUCUGUAUGGCCAGGCUGCACAGGCCACCAUUGUGGACAUGUCAGAGGAUGUCCCCCCCCUCUCCUCGGACAGUGAUACGGACAGUUCUGAUGUGGAACAUAACCGGAUAUUUUCCCCACGGAGCCCUCUCAUCAACAACUGUGUGACAGAGGAACUCCGAUUCCACCAUUUACAUGGCAGGAACGCCACCAUAACAAACAAUGGGAGAACAGCCUCCAGACCUAACGCUCGGGGAGAGUUUAACGAUGCCAUCAUCAUGAGUAACCGAGCUUUGAAUGAUAAUGAGCUUUUCGAAGUGGUCAUUGAAAAAAUGGUGGACAGAUGGUCAGGCUCUAUAGAAGCAGGUUUGACAGCCAUCAGACCAGAUGAUUUGGAAUUCCCGAACACCAUGACUGAUAUUGAUUAUGAUACAUGGAUGCUCAGUGGUUCUGCUGUGAUGCAGGAUGGUAGUACCAUAAGGAAUGGUUAUCAGUUAGACCUGGACACCCUGACCGGGGGCUCCCGUCUGGGCAUGAUGCGCACGUCUAACGGGGAGAUGCACUUCUUUGUGAAUGGUGUGGACCAGGGUGUGGCCUGCACAGAGGUACCACCAGGUAUCUAUGCUGUGAUAGACCUGUAUGGCCAGUGUGCCCAGGUGUCCAUCACCAGUGGCAGUGAGAACAGCCUCAUUAAUGGAGACCUUCAGCAGUUUAACUUCACCUCACCACUUCCAGGAGCCAUCCAUAGGUUCCACCAGAAUGUAGGGAAGAACGUAGCUCUCAAAAACAACAGCUGUACGGCCACCAGAGUACGCAACUUCAACCAUGGCCUGUUACUCAGCUCGAAGCCUCUCAGAAGUGAUGAGUUGUUUGAGAUCAGAAUAGAGCAGACAUCUUCCCGAUGGUCUGGGUCCUUACAGAUUGGACUCAGCAUGCUCACACCAUACGAGGUGACUCCCACUGCUAACCUGCCUCCCUCUGCCAUCGACCUGCGCUCCAAAGUUACCUGGGUCAUGUCUGGGUCAAGCAUCAAGAGAAAUGGCCUGAUGUUGAAAGAGAACUAUGCUCCAACCCUGGAUAGAUUAGAGGUUGGAGGCAGGGUUGGUGUGAAGAGAUGUACAGAUGGCACCAUGCACAUAGUUAUCAAUGGGGAGGACAUGGGGGUAGCCGCUAACAGUGUUCCAAAGGACAUGUAUGCAGUGGUGGACCUGUAUGGUCGAGUGGAGCAGGUGACAGUCAUCAGUUCAUCUUUCUCUGACCUGACCGAGUCAGACAGACCUCCUUCUAUCAGUUCUACCAGCACAGAGUCACUGGAGUUGGAUGCAGAAUGCACAUCGUUAGAGCUGGUGUGUAUGGAGUUCCACUGGAAUCAUGGGAAAAACAUCCAGCUCAUCAACGACAACAUGACGGCCUGUCGGACAGCCAGCUACAACCAGGGCAUCGUGGUCAGCCGCAGACCACUGCCCCGUAUGCAGCUAUUCCAGGUGAGAGUAGACAAGUUGAACCCCCGUUGGACGUCCUCACUGUUGAUAGGAGUUGUAGGCCAGACUCCAGACAAACUCAGCUUCCCUCUCACAGCUGUGGGCAUCAAGAAAUCCUCCUGGAUCAUCCAGGGGAACGCCCUCUUCAACAACUCUGUCAAGGUGAGGGAACAGUAUGGUCCAAACCUGGACAGUCUCCAUGUCGGCCAUCUUGUUGGAGUGAUGGUAGACCUGAAUGGAUGCUUCCAUCUGUUUGUGAAUGGUGUAGACCAGGGCGUGGCUGCCCAUGACAUCCCUCAGCCAUGCUAUGUGGUCAUUGAUCUAUAUGGUCAGUGUGAGCAGAUUACAAUAAUUAGAGAUGAUAUGAUUGAGAAUGACAACAGAGAGAAAGCAGACAUGGUGGAUGGUAUGAAGGAGAGUGUUGUUGGCAGCCCGCCCAUCACACCUGCUGUGGUUCGCAACUGUGAGUACAAAAACCUCUGCACAAGAUUCAAGAACUGCCUUGGACUACCAGAGGGUUAUUUUAACCCAGAGCCCAAGUACAACUUGUGCUACUGUGAGACGUGUCACAAGCUGCGUGGGGAUGAGCCGUAUGUCAAGAGAGGCGAUCCUCCCAGAGAUUAUGCACUGCCCUUCGGAUGGAGCAGAUUUGCACUGAGAUUACCUCCCAGAGCAGAGAUGCUGAAUGUGUUUGAAAAGUGGCACGUCGCCUUUCAUGGGACGUCUGUCGCUGCCAUUAGGAAAAUCUUAGACAGCGGAGAACUUCUCAUACCAGGUAACGUUCAACCAGGAGACAUCAUGAUGACUGGAAGGGUUGCAGUGCCAGACAGGGAGGGGCACUCCAAUGAUGAGAACAAACCUCAGACUGCAGAUGUUACCCAGAUCUUCCUGUCCCCCACAGUGAAGUAUGCUGGACAUGAUACGUACGCUCAGCGCUACAAAUUCAUUGAUCCAAAGACAAAGGUGACCCAUCACGCCAGGGUGGCCUUCCAGGUGUGCAUCCGUCCUGGCUGCUAUCAGACAGGGCCUCAAACCAUCGGUGCCAAUGAACCCAUUGAUCCAAAGUUUGACAACAAUGAAAUAGAAUGGUUCACCAAGGAACGAGGGGCCACAGUCUUGUAUGGACUCUUGAUCAAGAUAGAAUAGCUCAAUAAGUUUCAUCAUAAUUCUAAAAGUCAAUGUCCAGUUUUUAUUUCAGGACACUAAAAGGUCUUGUAUAAUGUAUGUGGGUCCCACAAGUCACAGGACCAUGGCCCAACUGCAAUCUGCUCAUUGAUAUCUUAUUGUAACCUACAGUAACUGUUCAUUACUGUGGCCAAUUAUCAUAAAAUGUCUCAGAUCUACUUCAGCCGUUCCCAGCUACAUGUAUAUUGUAUGCUGUCCUGUAUGUUCUAAAUAUUAUUUGUUGGAAGUCACUAGUUUCUGCCAACUACAAAGCUAUAAAUGUCUCCAAAUCAUGAUUCUAAACAUGCUGUGCAUAUUGAGUAGAAACUGUGAAAUCCAAAAUUUGUAACAUCAUCAGCUAUGUCAGCACAAUGGUGGUAGCAUUUAAACAGAACACAAAGAUCAGGUGGAAAGGGAGCAUCACACUUAAAAAACUACACUCAAUUUGGUACUUUGUGCUGAACUAGUGGAAACUACAGAGGAUGGCACCCAGGCUAUUAUGAUAAUGCACCUUCAGUUGGAUAUUAACCCUCACAGUUUGAAAUCAUUCCUCCAUAUUAUGACCAGUAGGGUCAACAAAACAGAACUUUUUUUUUCUGGUUUUUCUAAAACUAUGCCAGUUGAAGAUGGACAGUGAUGCUACAAUGUAGAUCACUUUUGAUGAAGGUCAUUUUUGUGAUUUCUGUCAAUCACUUGUAGCAGGUUUCAGUUGUUUGUAAAUUCUGGUUGCAAAGCCUGCUGCUACAAUUUAGGAUGAAUCCAACUACAUCAUGCUGUUGGCUGUACAUGUACAUGUGCACAAGAAAUGUAU